GACAGGUGAGAUGAGUUGAGUUAAGGAAAAUCCCAAGGGUUACCGAUAUUCCACUUUUCAUGGGCAAUAAGGAUAGCUUUCCGCAGUCAGUUUUAUUUUAAAACAUCGAGAUAAGUAGAACCGUUUCAUUAUAAUCUAGAAUGCCGAAUCUGAAAAGGAGAGUACGAGUAGCAGCUUGCAGCAGCCAUCGACCCAAGCAAGCUAGUUAAAGGCGGAGUGGUUCUAGUCUUGGGACGCCAGCCAGUUGUUCAUUGGUAUACUCUUGCCAGCUAUAGGGACCCUCUCUUGGAUGCUCUUACGAGCUUUGGGCUUCCAGCAUGAUGUGUAACCGUGGUGACAACAGAGAGCACCCACACCCAUCCCUCGCUCCCUUCCCCUGGGCUGCUGCCCCUCCCACACCCCCCUCACCCUAAAGCAGUCCUAACCACACAAAGAUGGCGGACAGGAAGGAGCCACCAAUCUAUAAUGAUGACAGCGUGGGGGCCUUCCAGUACAAGUUGCCGUUCUACGAGACCAUGGAGCUGUUCAUCGAAACGUUGACUGGGACCUGCUUCGAGCUGCGCGUCUCGCCCUUUGAGACAGUCAUCUCUGUCAAGGCCAAGAUCCAGAGGCUGGAAGGUAUCCCCGUUGCCCAGCAACACCUGAUCUGGAACAACUUGGAGCUGGAGGAUGAGUACUGUCUGCAUGACUACAGUAUUGCUGAGGGCUGUACACUGAAGCUGGUCCUGGCCAUGAGAGGAGGACCCAUCAACACCAGAAGAGUGUCUGUGGAGGACCCAGUGAAGGAUAUGGCAGAGUUGAUGGAGGGAGGCAGGGAGGAGGGCUGGGAGAAGAGUAUGUCUAGCAACAAGCAGGUCACCUUCCUGGUGUACCGAGAGGGAGACCAGCUCAACUUCUUCCGGGUCGUCGACCGAGGGGACGGAACUCUGACCCCUGUCUCAGAAUCAUUCAGUGGUGGCUCGGUGUACAACAUGUUCUCUGAGGAGGAGGACAACGACAGUGAGGGCUUGCCUUUGGUCCAGCCAACCCUGGAGAACUGUAUCACCAUGAACAAGAUGAAGCUGCUCAAAGCCAAGAUGGAGGACAUGAACAUCAACAAGAAGCCUAAGAAGUCUGCCAAGUUGGAACCUCUUCCCCCCGUCGGUCCCCGGCCCUGCAGCAGCUCUCUGGACCCUUCUGGAUCCCGACACCACCGUCUCUUCCGCGUCCUACCCGAGAUCAACCAAUCCCAUCAUUCCGCAUCACACUUACCUCCAAUCAGGGACCAGGGAUCCAUAACUCCCUCCCCUCCCGCUGCUGCCUCCGCCUCCACCCACCUGUCAAGCAGUGGCCGAGCUCUGCCCUAUUUAUCUUCUUCGUCCUGUUACAUGCUCCAGGAGGAGGAGCCAUGGGAGUCCAUCCCCAAGUCGAUCAGACCCCCUCCUAAAGUGUCCCGGUUGGAGAUCGGCAGCGCCAGGCUCAUGAGGGACUGUGUGUACCCGCAGCUCCCCGUGCUCUCCAGCAGGGGUCAGGUUGGUGGGGCCACGGAGCUGCCUGACCCAAGAAGAGAGUCACUGGGCCUGGGCUUGCUGGAGGAGGCGGUGGGCCUGCUGGAGCCCACACCGCCUAGAGCUUUGUACGGAGGAGACCUGCUCUCAGAUCCCCUCAGCCUGGAUAUCUCUUCCCAGCCAGAGAUGGAUCUGGGUGGGUUGGAUGGGCCAGGAGCCCUGGGGGUUGGAGCAGAGCUCCAGCUCCCUUCCACCCCCUCUCUGCUCUCCCAAGCUGUGGGGAUGAACUCUUUAAACAACUGGGCAAUGGUUGGUUCUGAUAGGCUAGCCUGGAAAGGGGAGAGGACACCUUUACUUGGCAACACCCUUCAUCAUAUUCCCGACUCUCCUUCCUCAUCAUCCUGCCCCUCAAGUAGACCAAGACUACCACAACCCUUUGAGUUUUCCGGCUCAACAACGUCACCCCUACGUCCCAAUAUCCACUCCUCCUCCCACCCCCGCACUUUUCUCACCCCUCCUCCUCCUACUAGCCCCUCCUCUCCUCCUCACGGCUCUCGUUUGCGAGGCAUCAAUGUGGACUCCCGAGGUAAGUGGCCGGAGAUGAUUAGUAAAAGCGAGGCGUGUGGCAUCACCAAGCUGGCCAACCAGGCCUGUAAAGAGCCUCUCGGGUCCCUCCGCAACACAGAGCUCCUGGCCUCCCUGUCCUCCUCCAGGUCCCUAGGCAGCAGCAGGGGAGUCCUAGAACCAAGCCUGGGAAUCGGGUUGGGGCUUCCCGCUGUUGGGGCCUCCGGGCUUGGAACGCUAGGCUCCACGGCCCUCUCCCUCCCAGCCAACAUCCAGCUACUCCAGGAGGACCUGAUACGAAGAGCAGCCACCUCCUACAUGUCAACUAACAGCCUGGGAUCCGCUGGAGGCUCCAGUUCAAUAAGAAGACUAGGCACCCCGACAUAUCACCUGCCUCCAGUCAAGGUCCCGCUGAGCAGAAAGAAGAAGAGUUCUAAACACUGCUUCCUCUGUGGCAAGAAGACUGGUCUCGCCACCAGCUACGAGUGCAGGUGUGGUAACAACUUCUGCGCCACCCACCGCUACGCAGAGACCCACGACUGCACGUACAACUACAAGAGUGCCGGACGCCGCUUCCUCCAGGAAACUAACCCCAUCGUCAACGCUCCCAAGCUGCCCAAGAUCUGAGCCCCUCCCCCACCCCCCCUCUAUCCCUGCACUCCUCCUUCCUCGAUUUACCUGAAUGAUUAAAAACAAAAAGGAAGGAAGGAAGGAUCUUGAUCACCAUUGUGUGCUUUUUCACCAAGUUUGACUUAAUGACAUCGAAAUGCCAAGUGUGAACAAAACAAAACAGAGAAUAUUAGCACACCAACUUUAUUAGCUAGCUAUCACCUCUGCUCCAGACAAUGUGAACAAACUGGUGAUCCACUUUCUUCGUAUAUUGUAACCUUGAUAUUUUUCCUUAGCAAAAAAGUAUUGCAUGGACUAUAUAUAGAUGUUUUUUUAAAGCAGAAGAUGUCAGUUUAUUUCAUGUUUUAACGGAACAGAAGUGCACAUCUCCAAGCGUGAACAUUAUCCAUAUUUUUUUAUUUGAAUUUUGUCAGAUUUGUUUUUCUUAAAAUAGGACUGCAGAUCACUUUUUCAUGCGACAAGUCUUUGAGAGAUGCACUUUAGAAUUAUCAUAUUUAUAUACCAAUGUUUGACUUUUUUUUUUUUUUGUAGGCUCUUGCAGUUGUGUG